UAGAUUAGCCGUCUCUGUCAUCCUGUGAAAUAUGGCUGGUUUAUUCAACAGAGCCAGAAAAACACAUUUCGUUUCAUGUGAAUGGAUGUGAUCUACUACUAUGUUUUUCUUUCUACUUGUCUCUAUGUCUAUGGUCAAUGGUCACGUGAUCAACUCACACAAGUCUCGAGAUGUCCGAACUCAAUGUAGCAAAGUUGUGUGUGCUGACGGGCAAGAAUGUCGGGUCGCUGUGACCUGUGUAGGUCAAGGUUGUUUACCCAAACCAGUCUGUGCUAAAGUCUGGCCGUAUGUGGACGAGCAGUGUCCCAAUACCACCCUAGCUGUGCUUGCCCCAGCGGCUGCCCCACCCCUCAAGAGCACGAGACUUGACCAGUAUGACGACAUGGAGGCUAUGACGUGUCUGGACAUGACCGAGUGUCCAGAAGGUUCUGUUUGUAUUUUUGACAACUGUUGCUACGACUGACAGUUACACAGAGACACAAAAUAACCAAUUCCACAAUUGUGCUAAUUAUUGUCCAUUAAAAUUUAUUUUUGAACAUUUUGUUUUGCGUGUGU